AUGCAAAAAUCAGGGAUUCAUAUAUUGUGUAUCAGGAAAGUGCGCAGACUUAGGAUUAUGUUUGGAGUAAGUUGCCCAUUCAACAGCCUCUAUUUAGGAACGGUUUGCUCUUUGUUGUUAAUGACAUUAUGUAUAUACCAAAUUACAAAGACUUUACAAAAGAAAGCAGCUAUUGUUUUUGAUAAUUUUACUUGCAGAUACAUGUAAGGGUAUUUUUAGGAUAGAAUGAACUAAAUAGUUUUUCUGAUCUUCACAAUGAAUAGAAAUCUAGCAUUUGCUUAUUUUUUGUAUUUUUACUUUGAUUAAUCUUUUUUGAUUUUUCUGGUUUACUUCUUUACAAAAAAGGCAACAGAUCUUAAUGUUUAUAAUAAAAGCAAUACAAAAUUAGUGCGAGGUUGCACAUAUGGAUUGUGUGCUUUUUUUUCUAUAUUGUUAUUGAUUGAUAUAAUCGUCUAUUACACUAAGAAUGAAGACUGUAGUUUCAUAACUUUAUUUGUGAUAAGAGUGGUGGAAGUAUUUGCAAGCAUCAUUUUCAUCACUGGAGCGUAUUUUCUGAAUAAGAAAAUGAAUGCAUUGAUAAUUGAGCAAAUAAUGUUCACCAACAGAAUGACAGUAGUAGAGAAGACGUAGUACAUGAAGAUUAGAAACAUAAAAUUGAAAUUUUGGACUUUGGUUUGUGUGACAGCGUUUGGAUAAGUAAUUCAAUGGAGUGCCGAUUUAGUCUAUUUUAUCUAUUAAAAAUCAAAAGAUAUAGACAGUUGUGAAUUUCCUGCAUAUAAUGUGGCGGUGUAACCUUGGGCUGAUAUUUUAAUUUGUCUUUUUGGAUAUUUCCUGCCGUUGUUUUGCGCUGUGUAUUUGUUUUGGUUCAAAAAGAAACAAGUGCAAUAUGUGGAAUCGUUAGAAGUGGAAAGUUUGCCAGAGCGAUACUAUCACAAAUUGUUAAACUAGUCGAAUAGUUCAUUCUCUUCUUCAAAAUAAAAUUGAAAAAAGCAGUACAAAUUAUAAACAAUUAUUC